AUGAAUAACAUCAACCUGCCCAUACGGUCGAACCCGAGCCGGAGGAAUCAGGAGAGCAGGAACUACUUCACCAGCUACACCCCGCCGUCGUCGACCGAGGCCAUCAAUGGGCCGAUCCGGGACUUGGCGCCCGUCGCCGACAGGCUGAUUGUCGGCGUCGACUUUGGGACGACGUUUUCUGGAGUCGCGGCCGUCUACACAUCAACACCAGACGAUGUAGAGAUCAUCAAGACCUGGCCUGGAGGUAACGGCAUCACAUCAGACAAGGUCCCCACCGAGAUCAACUAUGAGCUGCCUGCCGACGCCGGCCCGGGCGCUGAGCCUGCCAUCAAAUGGGGCUUUCAGUUCCGGCCCGAGGAGAGCAGACUGCGCUGCAUCAAGCUCUUCCUCGACCGCUCCCAGAAGCUGCCCUUCUACGUCAGCCCGCUCGAGACGGCGGCGCAGCUCAAGCGCUACAACAAGACCGUCGUCGACGCCGUCUCGGACUACCUCACGCAGGUCUACAAGCACACCAUGGACACGCUGACGCGCCGCUACGGCGAGUCCUUUAUGGCGUCGACAAAGGUCGACUUUGUGCUGACCUGCCCGGCCGUCUGGUCCGACGCCGCCAAGAACACGACGCUGCAGGCCGCCGAGAGGGCCGGCAUGGGCAGCAAGUCGGCCAUCCAGAUGAUCAGCGAGCCCGAGGCGGCCGCUGUCUACACGCUCAAGGCGAUACAGCCGAACCACCUGAGCGUAGGGGACAACUUUAUUGUCUGUGACGGUGGAGGUGGUACUGUCGAUUUAAUUGCAUACAAGAUAAUAUCAUUAAAGCCCCUAAGGGUAGAAGAGUCGGCCGUCGGCACGGGCGGGCUCUGCGGCAGCGCCUUCCUCAACUACCGAUUUGAGGAGCACGUCCGCAACCGUAUCGGCCACAGCCGCUUCGACGAGAUGAAGGUCAAGAAGGGCAAGACGUGGCAGAUGGGGCUGCGCUACUUUGAGGAGUUUGUGAAGCGCAACUUCAACGAGGAUGAGCACCAAGAGAUCAACGUUCCCUUCCCUGGCCUCCCCGACGACGAAGAGGUCGGCCUCGACUCGGGCUUCCUCGUCAUGACCGCCGCGCAGGUCAAGGACAUUUUCGAGCCCGUCGUCAAGGAGGUCACCGACCUCGUCCAGGGGCAGGUCGACACCCUGCGAGCCAAGGGCGGCAUCGUCUCGGGCAUCAUCCUCGUCGGCGGCUUCGGCCAGAGCGACUACCUCUACCGCCGCCUCAAGGGCCACUUCACCGCCAGCGCGGCCCCGCCCCCUUACAGCGAGCGGCCCACGCACGCGAGCGUGGCGGCCGGCGGGCCCGACGACAACGGCUCCAUCGAGGUCAUGCAGCCCGUGUACGCGUGGACGGCCGUCGUGCGGGGCGCCGUGCUGCGGGGGCUCGAGGGCAACAUGGUCAUCUCGCGCAAGGCGAGGUACCACUACGGCACGUCGUACGCGACCGUCUACGACGAGGAGAAGCACUCGGUCAGCGAGCGGUACUGGUCCCCGCUGUGGGAGCGGUGGAUGGUGUCGGACCGGAUGCAGUGGCACAUUGCAAAGGGCGAAGCGAUAUCCCCCCUCGAGCCCAUCGCCUUCCACUACACGCGCAACUUCCGGCCGGGCCAGUCGCUCGUCGUGACCGACGACCUGAUCGCCUGCGAGGCCGACGACCCGCCCGCGGCCUACACGCGCGACCUGAUCCACGUGUGCACGCUGACGACGGACCUCAACGCCGUGCCGCGCAGCCUCUUCACGCGCCUGACGACGACGCGCGGCGUCGAGUUUGACAACCUCGACUUCACGCUCGAGAUGAUUGUCGACAGCGCGGGCCUCGGCUUCGAGCUCAAGGUCGACGGGGUGAGGUACGGGCGCGUCGAGGCCGAGUUCCAUUGA